GUUCUGUUGUAUAAGAAACUGUUACCACAUAAUCAGAUUGCUGCUGUAGAAGCAUGGGUAGCUCUCUUCAGAUGAGCAGAAUGUAUUGCUAAUAUGGAAAUGCACAUGUUGUUUAAACAGGUUGCAUAAGGAAAUGGCAUGGCAAAACUGCUAAGCUUUGAAUAACAGAGAAAUAAUCCAUUAUAGGCAAAAUGCCAAAUUAUUUCCAUUACUGUGAAGUGUAAGAAAACAAGUGAUUUUUAUUCUGAAGAAAAGAUGUUUUGGGUUUGAGUUGUCUAAUUAAAAAAAAUUAAACUGAAUUAUUUAGAUAUUAUGAAUGCAAUUAAGAUGAUAAAUAGCUAUUUCCUCACACUACAACCUAUUUAAUGUUUUGAUACAGCAGAGACUUAUUUAAUUAUACAAUUUGAAAAAUGUCAUAGCAGGAGCUCACGGGAGUUGAACAGUAGUACUUUAUUUUCCCAGCAGACACUUAAUAUCAGCAUGCUUAAUUUUUAAAAAAAGUGUAUUGCUGUUUUUAUUUGAACAAGAAAAUAAGGUUUUGUUUUGUUUUUUUUUAAAUCCACUGUAUAAGUCUGAGGAAGGAAGAUCAGUAAGUAGAGGGCCUGUGCAGACUUAUGCUCUAGUGCUCACUCUCUCGAGAUGUGACCUGCACUAUCACCAUGCCCCCCUUGCCUCCCUCAUUUUGAACUCGCAUUUGUGAUACUAAUAUUUAAAAGCUUAAUCAAGCACUGGGAGUUAGUAGUUGUGGGGGGCGUAUUUUUAAUCAACCUGUGGCUGACUAAUUUUGGUUUGGAGCUUGAGAAGUGGCUGCUGGGUUUGUGGCUACUGCUAUGAAAGAUGUAUUAAUAUGGACAGUAGUUUUAAUUUUUGUGAAAGUGCUUAGAGCACGAGCUUUUUAGUUAAGGUAUAAAUCCAAAUAGAUAAAUUUUGUGAGAACAAGUCUGAGGGAAGGAUUUUUUUAAAAAAAGUCCUGGUUUUCAAGUUGUGUGGUGAAAACAGGAUUUCACUUUACCAAGCACACUUCAGGCUAAAGCAAGCAAUCACGUCUCUUUGACCCCAUCACCAUAGUCUCUGAAUGUCUUAACCUUAAUACCAAAGGCCCAGAUCUACAAAGGUAUGGAGGCUCCUAACUUCCACUCGAUGCCUUUGUGAAUCGUUGCCAAAAUAGCUAUUUCUUAAUUAAUUAGAGGCAUCGCCUCUGUGACGCUCCUAGUCGGAGGAGCAGCCCCGGCCAGCUGAAGGCGCAGGGAAAUUGGAGGCCUCAUCUGCAUACAUUAAGAAGGUACAAGCAUGAUGAUUGUAGCUUGAUUGGUCGCGUCUGAACAAUAACACCGCCAGACCAGGUGCAUCCAGGACAGAAAAACAGUUCGUAUAAAAUACAAUCUCCCCACGCAAAAAAACCAAACCAAAAAAAACCCAAAACCCAAACACCAAAAAACUUGGUGUAAGGGGAAGGGACAGCAGUCAUCCACAAGCCCGUGUCUGCAGCCCCAGUCACGUUUCUGCCUGACCUGACAGGUGCUCCGCGCCACCUUCCCCUGCGGCCAUUCGCGGCCAGCUCGCCCCGUCUCCCUCCGCUGCUCUGGCUGGGAAAGGGCUAGGAGUGCCCGGGGCAGCAGCGCAGGCCCCUGCGCCUCCGCGGCCGCCGAGCUGCGGGGCGAGGUCAGCGAAGCAUCCAGCUCGAUGUAGCAAGUGCUCAGGCACCGCGCGGAGGAGGGAAAUCCGUCCCCCGGGGCCGGGAGCAGGCGCUGCCGCGGGGAGGGAAUUGCCCCCUGCCAAGCAAUCGCUGCCCCCCUCCCCCGCAGGCUGCCCUUCCCCCGAGGCGCUGGCAGGGGGCUGGCUGGGUGUCGUGCAGCGCAGCAGCAGCAGGAAAGACUCCAGCUUCCCUCAGCCCUCCGGGCAAAUGCCCCGCCAUGCAGCGCUGGGGCUGGGGCUCCGGCAGGCGCCACCUCGUCCCCCGCGUCCCCUUGCGCUCUCCUGGCUGGCCCUGCCACCCUCCCUCGCUCGCUCGCUCGCUCCGCCGCCUCUCGCGGCGUUGACCUCAUCUCAGCAAGUCCUGCUGGAGCCCGGGUGGACGCGGUGGGAGGGGGCAGAGGGAGGAGGAGGGCUCAGCCAGCUCCCGUCCCCAUUGGAGAACGAGCUGCGACAGCUCCAGCUGGAGCGGGAGACGGGGCUAAAGAGGCUGAACCUGCCCCCCAGGAGCCCAGGGAAGCCUGAAGUUUUAAAGUGAGAACUUUCUUCUGGCAGGGCUUCAGAUUCCAGGGGGAACCCGGUCUCUCCCUUCCCCCCUGGGCGGGCUGUACAAUCCUCGGCAGUGUCCUGAGACUGUAUGGUCAGCUCAGGGGCGACCUGGCCAGGAUUGCUUCAGCCUUUUCCUAGAGGACAACUAGUGCACCAGCGUUGCUGUCAGCUGCGAGCGAGCGAGCAAUUCCCCGGCCUUCCCGACACCCGGCUUCCUCCCUCCAAGCCUGGGAUCUCUAGCCUGCCGGGUGUGUUUUUUGAUUGGGGGGGUGGGAUCGGCAAGCAGGACACUCACAGCCGUGACUGAGGAGCCCUUGUUGGCGAGCCGAGUUGGUUUUAGCGGCACAAAGGGCAUCAGCCUCAAUGAUGACUGCUGACAAGGAAAAGAAAAGGAGCAGCUCAGAAAGGAGGAAGGAGAAAUCAAGAGAUGCAGCAAGGUGCAGAAGAAGCAAGGAGACUGAAGUAUUCUAUGAAUUAGCCCAUGAACUGCCCUUGCCCCACAAUGUUAGUUCGCAUCUGGACAAGGCAUCCAUAAUGCGUCUGGCAAUCAGUUUCUUACGCACUCACAAACUGUUGUCCUCAGUAUGUACUGACAAUGAGAGUGACCUAGAGACAGACCAGCAGAUAGACAACUUGUACCUGAAAGCUUUGGAGGGAUUUAUUGCUGUGGUGACGCAGGAUGGAGACAUGAUCUUUUUGUCAGAGAACAUCAACAAAUACAUGGGCCUCACACAGGUGGAAUUAACUGGACAUAGCAUAUUUGACUUUACUCACCCAUGCGACCAUGAGGAAAUUCGAGAGAAUCUGAGUUUGAAAACUGGUCCAGGCUUUGGAAAGAAAAGCAAAGAGAUAUCCACAGAGCGUGACUUCUUCAUGAGAAUGAAAUGCACUGUUACCAACAGAGGCAGAACUGUAAACCUCAAAUCUGCCACAUGGAAGGUCUUGCACUGCACUGGACAAGUUAAGGUGUAUAACACUUGCCCUCCUCACACCCUGUGUGGAUAUAAGGAGCCUCUCCUCACCUGCCUUAUAAUAAUGUGUGAACCCAUUCAGCACCCGUCAAACAUGGAUAUCCCACUAGACAGCAAGACUUUCUUGAGUCGCCAUAGCAUGGACAUGAAAUUUACCUACUGUGAUGACAGAAUUACUGAAUUGAUUGGAUACCACCCAGAAGAGCUACUGGGCCGUUCUGCAUAUGAAUUCUAUCAUGCCUUGGACUCAGAAAAUAUGACUAAAAGCCAUCAGAACUUGUGUGCAAAAGGUCAAGUAGUAACUGGCCAGUACCGAAUGCUUGCAAAGCAUGGUGGAUACGUAUGGCUGGAGACUCAAGGAACUGUCAUUUACAAUACACGCAACCUACAACCUCAGUGUAUUGUCUGUGUUAACUAUGUACUGAGUGAAAUUGAGAAGAAUGACAUUGUGUUCUCAAUGGACCAGACGGAGUCUCUGUUUAAGCCUCACCUGCUGACAAUGAAUACUAUUUUUGAUAAUGGGGUCCCAGUGACUGAGAAGAGUGACUUCUUGUUCACAAAACUGAAGGAAGAACCGGAGGAGCUUGCUCAGUUGGCACCCACACCAGGAGAUGCCAUUAUUUCUCUGGAUUUUGGGACACAGAAGUUUGAGGAAGCCUCUAUCUACAACAAAGCUGUUGUUUUGACUCUAAACAAACAGUGGCCAGUGGAAGUGAAGACCCACACUCCCCAAGGUGAAAAGCUGACUAUGCCGUCAUUUACAAUGCCCCAAGUUGCACCAGGCAGUAGUACUCCAAGUGCAAGUAGCAACAGCAGCUGUUCAACGCCAAGCAGCCCAGGAGACUAUUACAGCUCCUUAGAUGAAGAUCUUAAGAUUGAGGUGAUUGAGAAGCUCUUUGCCAUGGACACAGAGUCAAAGAACCAGUGCAACUCCCAGACUGAUUUCAAUGAGCUGGAUCUUGAAACCCUGGCUCCUUACAUUCCCAUGGAUGGAGAAGAUUUCCAGCUGAGCCCAAUCUGCCAAGAAGAACGUCCUCUCCCUGAAAAUGCACAAAAUACCCAGCAAAGUUUAAGUAGCAUGAGUACCAUUUUCCAGCCCCUUGCUCCUGCCUCUCAGAAUCAGUUUCUCUUGGAGAAGUACUGCCAACAGAUGUUAAAUAAAAAUAUGAACGCUGGUCAUGGACCUCUGUCAUCUGUGUCCUUCAACAAUGCGAACAAGUCAUCACUGCCACCAUACCAUGUGCGAGCCAGCACACCACUGGCUUCAAUGGUUGGAAGACCAAGCACCCAGUGGCCACCUGAUCCACCAGUACAGUAUGUUCCUGCUAAAUGGAGACUAAUGGAUAAAUAUUGUGGGUCCUUAGCAAGUUCCUCAUCAGGGCCACCAGUGCACUCUCCCAACAUGUCCUUAUAUAAGAAAAGGUCACUGGACAGUUUUGAGCAACGGGGCAUAGAUAUAAACCCUGCAAGAAUUGCUCUUGCCAACAGUUUGAAACUGAAGCGACAGAUGGAUUAUGAAGAUCAAACAUUUCAACAGCUGAAUGGGGCAGAUUUGUCAAUGAUUAACCCGUCUCAUUUAAUGUGGAAAAGGAUGAAAAUUCUCAAAGGUGAAAAUUGUUCAUUAGUUACUGAAAAGAAGUCCCUCAGCACAAGUGUCCUUACUGAUGAGUUUAUUCGUAACUCACAGAGAGGUCUGAGCCAACCAAUGAACCAACUGCAGCAGCGACAGCAGCAACCCUCCUGUGGAAACCCUGGUGAUAAUCAGAAAGCAGCAUUUCCCCCUCAGUUUUUCAGUUCCCAUUAUCAGAACUUCAAUGUUCAACCAGCUCAUAAAAAGUCAGGUGUGACAAGUCGUCUGCUUGGGCAAUCUUACGAACCAUAUUUGUUGCCUGAAUUGACCAGAUAUGACUGUGAAGUGAAUGUCCCUGUUUUGGGCAGUUCUACACUUCUGCAAGGAUGUGAUUUGCUCAGAGCUCUUGACCAGGCAACCUGAGUAACCUUGCAAUAUUCCUUGGCCUAUACUGUUCAAAACAUCUUCAGUUUUUAAAUAUAUUUUUUCAAGUAGACAAUUUCUAAUACCCAAUACACUUUUACAAGAUUUUACUUAUGUAUUGAACUUGUCCACAUUACCAAAUAGCGGCCUUUUUGAAAUUACUCACUUUAUUAUUCUUAUUGAAAAUAUACAUCUACUGUAUUUUUCUCUAUUUUAAUAAAAGUGUUCUUUAGAAAAUGCAUAUGAUUUCCCCUUCUGCCUGACUUGUAAUUUAUAUUCUCUGGCAUUUUCUUCAGUAUUCAUGCUAACAAACCUGUGGUGUAAAUGUCUCUCUAAUACUUUUGGCUCCUGUGCUGCAAAGAUUGAUUUUUAUUGCCAAAGAUAAAUGAAAACAAACAAAAAAAUCUGUUCUCCAGCCACAGUUUGUGUUGACCUUCUAAAUUAAAAUUCUCCGUGCCCCUACUGUGUUUGUAGUCUAUUUCCCAGCACUAAUCAUAUCGUAAAUUUAACAUCUUUUGGAAAAAAAUAAAAAAAAACCUCACACCACGACUUUCUGAUUUUCUCCCCCUAAAUCAGAUACUAUUUGCUGAAAGAAAUGUGAAGGGUGAACUGCAGAGUUUGUAGAUAUCUGCGAAAGUUGCACAGUGUAGCUUUUUUCCUAACGUGGGCUAGAUCCUCAGCUGCUGAACCUGGUAUCCCUCUAUUGCUGUAUAGAGAGCUACAUUGACAUAUGCUAGCAGAGGCUCUGCACCUAUGUCUUCAUUUGUGAUGGGGUUUCUGGGGGUUUUUUUUGGGGGGGGGGGGCGUAUUUCUUUUCUUACACAAAAUGUAACUGAAUUUUUGGAAAUCUGUUUGGGUUAUUAUGUAUUGGUACUUUUGUUAUGGCUAAGACAUAGAACCAGAACCAUACUCACUUUUUAAGAGCUGUUUUUGACUAGAGCUGGUAACACUCGUUAUGGGGUUGCCAAUAUUGCAGGACUGUCAGGAUUUGUCCAAAAGCCAGUACUAACACUGCUAAUUACCAAUUAAGUUGACCUUUAUUUUGUGUGCAUUUUAUACGCUAGAUAGCAACAUAAUCCACACUCGUGAAACAUUAAAAAUAAAAGUUAAAAUAGUAUUUCCCCUUGCCUACUUAUUAUUGAGUUACCCUAGUAAAAAUAGGAUGUUAAGAGUGUUGGGCUGGGAGGUUUUCUUUAUUAUUUUAGCUUUCCUUGUAUUGUUGAUAGCCUUUCAAGUACACAUUAUCUUACAGUAUGUCAUUAUAAGGCAAUCUGACAUCUUCAGAACCACCAAAAAAACAACUCUUGUUAUCAUGAAUUUAUUUAAAAGGCAAGGAUUCAGUUUUGUUCCCGGAAACCUCUUUGCCUUUGUUCGAAAAUAAGUAAAAGUAUUGCUCUGUAAAGUCUAGCUGUUCAGUGGAAAAUGAAGAAAGGAAGGGCAAGGACCAAAUGCACGAUAGCAGAUAUGUGAGGACAAACUAUUUCCUCUUGCCCCUAAACUAACAGAUCCUCCACUGAUGAAAAUCAGUGCCAGUUUACACCAGCUGAAAAUCUGGCCCAUAAAGUUGUCCCCAGACUCAAAGCCAUUCUACUCAGACUUCCAACUAUGUUCUGUCAAAUCCCUUUGUACAAUGCACUAACAUUUGCAGGUAGGGAGCAUUGCGUUCAUUGAGCACUUCAGAGUUCAUUCUGUUUAAGUGAUACUUAACCUUACGGUCUUACACACUGAAAAAAUAAUUGAAAACCUUUUCUGUUGUUGGUACAUUUUUAAAAAGUUAUUAGUGACCCUCAGUACCUUCAAGAACAUUUUACCAAAAAUAAGUUACUUUUAAAAGGAAUCUAUUGCUAAGUGAAGAAAAAAAAAACCCAUGAUAUUUAGCAAAGCAGCUUGACAAAUCUGCAGUGGUAAUGACUUGAGUGCUUGAAGGGUUAAUGACACUUAAAUAUUGCUCUUUUAUUUUGUUUGUUUGUGUAGUUUCAGCAUUAAAGAUGUUAUACCAUAACAGUUUACUAGACACUCAAAUAUUCCAUGCUUAAUAUUAACCAAAUGUAGCAUCAUUAUUUUACGAUCUAUAUUUCUGAAUUCUUAUUGACAAUAUAAUGACUGUAUGGGAACUUUAACUUGAUAAGGAAAUGUAUUUUGACACUGAUACCUUAUUAAAGUAUACUGAUCCUAAA